AUGCUUCCAGUAGCUGUCAACAACGAAAACGACUAUAGAAUAACACGGUCUCGGAAGAGUGUGGUGGAACAUACACAAGAGUCACGUAGAUCUACUGUGCUAGAAGCUCCCAAGUCCCAAUCAGAAAAUAGAGAAGAUCAACAACCAGUACGACUGUAUUUAAAUGAUGUCUCGAACUUGGACCGUCGAAACUGGCCUCAAGGUGAAGCUAGACAUAAUAAUAAUGGUGUUGCUCCUUCAACUACCAAAAGUGGUCCCGUGCCAGCUAGAAUGCCUCAAAAGAGACAAGCCACAGAAUCUUCAACAAAUCUCACUGCUGUUUUAAAUAAUAAGAAGACAAAGAUAGCAGAUAAGAGAAAGAUAGAAUAUGAAUAUGAUGACCUUGAUGCCGAGGAUUAUGAUGAUCCCGCUAUGUGCCACGAGUACGUGCUGGAUAUUUUUUCUUACUUUUCUGAUUUAGAAACUCGUAUGCUUCCCGAUCCACAAUAUCUCUACAAACAGAGACAUUUAAAACCUAAGAUGCGUUCCAUUCUAGUAGAUUGGUUGGUAGAUAUGCAUCUUCGGUUCCGGUUACUUCCAGAGUCCCUCUUUCUUGCUAUUAAUAUAAUGGACCGAUUUAUGUCGGUUGAGGUAGUACAGGUGGAUAAAUUACAAUUGCUAGCGACUGCAUCAUUAUUCAUAGCUGCCAAGUAUGAAGAAGUAUUCAGCCCACUGGUAAAAAAUUAUGCUUACUUUACAGAUGGUGCAAGUACAGAAGAGGAAAUUCUUCAAGCAGAAAAGUAUAUCCUAACCAUUCUUGAUUUCGAUUUGAAUUAUCCUAAUCCUAUGAACUUUCUUCGGCGUAUUCUGAAAGCAGACGAUUAUGAUGUUCAAUCUAGAACCCUUGGUAAAUACCUUGUGGAAAUCACAGCCGUUGAUUACAAAUUCAUAGGGAUGAAGCCAUCACUUUGCUGUGCUUCGGCAAUGUACUUAGCCCGGUUGAUCUUGGGCAAGGAACCAGUUUGGACCGGCAACCUUAUUCACUAUUCUGGAGGAUACACUAUAAGUGAUAUGAAGCAUUGUGUAGGGCUUCUUUUCCAGUAUUUGAUUGCCCCAGUGGAGCAUGAUGAGUUCUUUAGAAAAUAUACAAGCAGAAAGUUUAUGAAAGCUUCGCUCUUGUGUCGAAGCUGGGCUAAAAAGUUUCAUCAGGAGAAUAAAGACUUGUUCGACGAACUGUUGUCCACGACCAAACGUUCAUUCGAUAGUAUAUCAUCGUCAACAUCAACUUCAUCAAAUUCGACUUCUUCAACUACAGUUCCAAGCACUACUUCCACUACUUCAUAA